AUGGCAGAAUACAGGCUAUCAUAUGAGUCCCAGCUGGACGUCUACCACCCCUCCUACCGCUACGAAGCUCAUGACCCGCGCGACUGGAAAUCUGCUGCUCUCCGUGGGCCAGCCCUCCCAGCCUUAGGAAAUGCAACUGCCGGUGCAGUCGGGGCAGCCAUAUCUAAUGUGGUCGUCUACCCCCUCAAUGUCAUCGUCGCCCGCCUACAGACCCAGAAACAGAAAAGCAACGAUCCAAGCGAGAAAUCAGAUGAAGACGGGAACGCUGACGAAGAAUAUACCGGCGUGGUGGAUGCUGCCCGCAAAAUUUAUGCACAGCAAGGUGUCGCCGGCUUCUACCCUGGCCUGGCGCAGGAUACUUGGAAGACUGUCGCGGAUUCGUUCCUUUUCUUUCUUGCAUAUAGUGCCAUUCGCCAGAGGAGGAUAGUCGCGCACGUAGGCGUAGAACGAGCUGCCAAGAGCAAGAAUAUUGUUCUUCCAAUAAUCGACGAACUUGCCGUCGGUAUCCUGGCUGGCUCGUUUGCCAAGCUAUUCACCACACCACUGUCGAAUAUCGUCGCACGCAAGCAGACAUCUGCAGCGCGCAAGGGUGGAAAUACGAAGAACUUGUCAACAAGUGAUAUCGCCGCUCGCAUCCGUGCUGAGAAGGGCAUUCUAGGCUUUUGGUCCGGAUACUCGGCCACCCUGAUACUCACCUUGAAUCCCUCUCUCACGUUCUUCCUCAAUGAAUUUCUUAAACGGACACUCCUCCCACGAUCAAAGCGUGACAAACCACCUGCAGCUUUAACGUUCCUUUUGGCGGCCCUCAGCAAAGUCGCCGCUUCGUCAAUCACAUAUCCCUUCUCCCUCGCGAAAACCAGAGCUCAAGUAAUGAGCUCAAACUCAAAAUCCAAGUCUGGAAAGGCCCAGGACUCCCUUUUCGCCUCUCUCACCCCCGAAAUACUUUCCACAGUCGCCACCAUCGCCCGCACGGACGGUAUACCGGGGCUUUACGCCGGCCUUCAUGGUGAAGUGCUAAAAGGCUUCUUCUCGCACGGCUUUACAAUGCUUGCUAAAGAUGCCGUGUACGCUUUCAUAGUCAAGAGCUACUAUCUCCUUCUUGUGCUAAGACGUCGCUAUCCCACGCCUGAUGAACUUAUUCAGCGUGCCCGUGAACAGGCGGAAGAGUAUACAGAGAUCGCGCGUGAAGGUGCGCGUGACUUGGCGGAGAGAACAAGAGAGGGCACAGAAGAGCUACUGAAGACUAAAUCUGGGAGCAAUGCUGUCGAUAUGACAUCAAACUCUACAGGCGCUGCUGAUGCUGCUCGAAGUGCGAAUAAUGUGAAGGGCCCUUAUUCAUCAGUUUCUGAUGAAAUUAAUGAAACGGCUGAGCUGGUGGGUGAUUACGUCGAGGAUGAAGCGGCCGAGUGGAAGAGCCUUUAUCAUUGGUUUUGGACGAAGGAUCAUGGGUCACAUCGGGAUUGA